UGGAGAUUUCCUAACACACAAAAUACACUCCCCCAACGUAUCUCCUCCCACUUCACCCAACAUCACAAAUUCAAUUGUACACGCAUAGCGACCAAUAUACAAGAUGUUGGGGAAGAGGCAGCGGUCAGUGAUCGGGAAGAUAUCGGAGCUCCUAGUCUCGGCCGGCAGCAGCGGGGCGAGCCUCUUUGAUGCAGCCAUGAGCCCGAGAGGCCCCUUGGACAUGAAGACUCAUUCCCCUCGAGGCCUCAGGGACUACGACCUUGGAGGGGUCGGCCUAGGCAUAGUUGCAGCCAUGGAAAAGCCAAGUGGUUGGCCAGGGUCCGGAGUCCGGACUAGGUACUGCAUCUGUAACCCCACAAGAGUGAGCCGGCCGGGGAAGGUCGGGGCAGAUUCCGGCCGAGUGGAUUUGGUCGAUGAUGACCCGGAGAAUUACACGUACGUGACAUCGUAUGACGGACCGAACUACCAGCCGUGUACUAAGGUGUUCUAUGACGGUCGAGAGUACUGCUGCAGUGCUGAGUCAACGCCGAGUCAACAGGAUCUUGCGGUCUUCCCCACGUCCGAGUUUCUGAGUUCUUGCCAUUCCUGUGGGAAGAAGCUCGAGGGAGAAGAUAUCUACAUGUACAGGGGAGAGAAAGCGUUCUGCAGCACGGAGUGCCGGUCGAGGCAGAUUGUGAUGGACGAGCGGAAGGAGCGGUGCAGGUCGGACGCCUCGAGGUCGGUGAACUUGUCGAGCUCGCCGUACUCCGAAGGACAGAUAUUCUCGGCUGGGAUUCUCGCGCUUUAGUCCCGGCGAAACAUUUCUCACCAUUAGUUAUACACGGCCAAUUAUACACAAAUAUAUAUAUAUAUAUAUAUAUAUAGAGAGAAGUUAUAUAUUGUUAACAUAGGAAAUGAGAAAGGAAGGAGCUGAGGAUUUUUGUUGGGGGUAGACAACGUUUGUUCAUCGAAUGAUGUUUUGGAGGGACGGACUUGCAAGUAGUAAAGCUUAAUUAUUGACUUCCAAUAAAUUUUUGAAAAAGAAUAGAAAUUUAAUUUUGACCA